AGGGUCGAAGAGGGUAACUGAGAAGAAAGUUUUUUCCCUCGACAAAGUGCCGCACUGAAACCACAAGAACAGCAGACUAUCAAUGGCGAAGAAACGAAGCAGACAACAAAAUCCAGAGCCUUUUAUGGCCGAAGAAUCCGCAUCGGUCUCCAAGAGACGAAACAAACCUUCCAAGCAACACCAGAAAGAAGAGAAGCUUAUAUCAACUGGUAUGAGUUCCAAGAUAUUGAAGGAAGCUUUGAUUCAGCAAAAGGAGGUCCAAGAGGAGGCGGAGGAGCAAAACCCUAACAAACUGGUGUUCGACGAGGAGCCGCCCGCUCUGGCCGCAUACGAAGAAGAGGAUGUGGAUGAGUUUGAUGGAUUUUCAGAGACUCAAAGCCAAUACGGUGGUUAUGAGGAUGAGAGCAAUGAGGAGGAGGAGAAGUUACUUGAGGCUUUCAUGUCAAAGGAUGCUAGUCAACAGCGCACAUUGGCAGACCUCAUUGUUGACAAAAUUAAAGAAAAAGAUGCACAAGUUUCUUCAGAAAUGCGACCCUUGCCUAAAUUGGAUGACUCCGUUAUUGAUCUAUACAAGGGAGUUGGUAGGCUUCUCAACCGAUACACUUCUGGCAAAAUGCCGAAAGCUUUCAAACACAUACCUUCACUGCAACUUUGGGAGGAAGUUCUUUACUUGACUGAACCUGAGAAAUGGUCGCCUAAUGCAAUGUACCAAGCCACAAGAAUCUUUGCUUCCAAUUUAGGUGUGAAGAAAGCCGAACGCUUUUACAAGCUUGUUCUACUCCCACGGGUCAGAGAAGAUAUUCUGAAAAAUAAGAGACUGCAUUUUGCCUUGUAUCAAUCUUUGAAAAAGUCUCUGUACAAACCGGCUGCCUUCAACAAGGGAAUAUUGUUUCCAUUGUGUGAGUCAGGGACUUGCAAUCUGCGGGAAGCUGUUAUUAUAGGGAGCAUUAUUCAAAAGGUUUCUAUUCCUCCGCUUCAUUCAAGUGUUGCAUUAUUGAAGCUUGCUGAGAUGGAGUAUUGUGGCACAACAAGUUUUUUUAUAAAGCUUUUGAUUGAGAAGAAAUAUGCCUUGCCAUAUCGUGUACUUGAUGCAAUGGUUGCUCAUUUUAUGAAAUUCCUCGAGGAUUCAAGGACAAUGCCAGUAAUCUGGCAUCAAUCGCUUCUUGCAUUUGUGCAAAGGUACAAAAACGAAUUGACGAAGGAGGAUAAAAUUAACCUCAACACUCUAGUUGAUACACAAAGGCAUAAAUUAGUUACACCUGAAAUAUGCAGGGAGCUAAAUAGUAGCCGCAAUCGUGGUGAGAAGGAGGACGAUCUUAUGUCAAUAUCAUCUCCUAUUUAUGUGAUUAAUAAAACUAGUAAAGAAGAUUGGUUUGAUAUACCGGACGUGCCGAUGGAAGAGGACUGAAUGUUCAUUUACAGCAGUUACUCUUGAUCUUACAGGUAUUUCCAUGGUUUUCCGGGGAAGGAACCUGCACUCUUUAGAAAUGCACUUAUGGGGAUGCUUUUAGUUGAAGGAAUUGUGAGCAAGCAGAUCUGGUUCGAGUCAGAUGUUGGUUUCUACUACAGUUGAUCGUUAUAGAUUAUACCUUGCCGGUUUAUUGCAUUUGGUUGGCUUCUUAUUUCUUGUUAUGGAAUAGUGUUUCUGAGAAGCUUUCAAUUUUUGACAAAUGACAUUCUUUUUUAUUUUAUAUAAUCCAAUAUUUGACAAAUGAUAUUCUAUUU